AUGACGGCCAUCGGUUUGGUCACCUUGAUCAGAGCUGAUAUUGAGAAGAACGACCCGAACAAACAAGACAUCUUGGAUCGUACCCGUUUGGAAUUCAAUACUAUCACGAGCAAUGAUGAAGAUAUUCCCCAAACCGAAGAUAUUCCGAUGCAAAUCCCCACGGAUGUUAUUGAGGGCGAUGAUUCAUCGUCCACAACCAGCAGCAUCAAUUCCUAUCGAUUCCAUUGCGAUCGAGAUGCCAUUUCAACGUCAGUGACUCUCUUUACCAAUAACAGAGCGGGUGUGGAGAGAGUGUUCAAAUUGACAAAGAUGAUCUCUUCACCGACCUCCAACAAGAUACAAAUCCAAUUAACAGGACUUUCUCGACAUGUGGAUUUAUCAAGCAUUUCUGUGAGUGCAGUGAUUCCACCAGUGAAUGCCCCAGAUUCAAAAGAUGGCUCAAAUGCUGUCAAUACCAUCGUUCCACUCUUUCUUAGAGACACACAAUUUGAGCAAGAGGCCUAUUCGAAUUCAAAUACAGUGAAAACUCAAAAGGAGGUAUUGCAAGAGGAGUUGAAGCCAAUCGACUCAAAACUAUCAGACGUGGAACGACUAAAGAAUAUCAUUUUACCACAAGUGAAUGGCAAGUUUGAAAAGAAAGAAUUUGAAGAGAAAAUGCAAGCUUUGAAUCAAUUAGAAGAAAUUGUCACAAGCCUCUCAAAACGAAAGAACGAAAUUUUGAAAAAGAUGGAACAACUGGACGAUCAGCAAAAGUCAGAGAGCCAUCUUCCAUACAUUUUCACUUUUAGCACAGCUCUUCCAAAGAAUAUCACCACGGAGACAGCAGAGAUUAUUGUGAAAUAUAUUGUUGGCAAGGAUAACGGUAUGGAUAACGAAGUGACGACGAUGCAUUACGUUCAACCACUCGUGAGUUGGACGCCCUAUUACUCUCUUUAUAUCGACAGCAAGAGACAAACGGGUCGUCUUAUUUUCAUGGCAGAUCUCCAACAGUACACUGGAGAGAAUUGGACUAAUGCCCAAAUUAUUCUCAACACCGAUGCUUUGACAAUGGCACCUUCUCUUCCAGAAGUUAGGGAUUUGUUAUUGAGUGACAUUGGAAUUAAUCUGGACGAGCCCAGUGAACCACUUUACUCGUUUAAAUCUUUUGCACCAAUGAGCCGAAUGGCCAAUACCAUGAAUCAAGCCCAAGAUAGUUCUGUACAGAGUGAGGUGGCUGCUGGUCAAGUCAAUUUUGGCCAAUUUCAAAAUGUGGCACUUGUCAAACACAAUCCUCUCCUCUCUAACUCGUUUAUGUAUUUCAUUCGUGAACGCUUGACACUGUUGUCGCCGAGUGUUCCAAGUGAGGAGGAGAGAAACAAGAUGACCACCGAAUCAGGAAAAAGCAGCAUGGUCAAAAAGGUUCUUAUUGGACAAGUUAUGCUCGCUGCCAAAUGGUUCUACAAGGUAAUUCCUCGACAAUCGACCAAAGUUUACACAAGCAUGCGCAUUAAGAACAAGUCCAAGCUGAUGCUUUUACCUGGCAAUGUGGACAUUUUCAUUGACAGCAUGUUGACCUCGCAAACCGCCAUCGAUAAGAACAUCUUUCCUGAACAAACGUUUAAUUUGGACACUGGAAUUGAUAAGAUGGUCUCUGUAUCAGUUAUUGAGCAGAGUUCAAACCAGGACUUUUCUGGAUGGUUCCAAAAAACCAAGAUGGUCAACGAACUUUUCACAGUUCUUGUUGAGAAUAAGAAGGACGUUCCAAUUAACAUCACUGUGAUGGAUGCCUUGCCUAAAAUUAUGAAUCGACACAAGGACAGAAAUUUGAAAGUACUUCUCACACAACCUAAACUCGAUGGAAAACCUGAAACUGAUCUCUUUGACCUCUAUGACAUGUUAACAUCUAACCCCAAGAGCAAGGAGUCGGCAAAAUCUCAAUCAUCCCCUGAUUCUUUGUAUCUGGCCUUUAAAGAUAGUGAUGACGAAAACAUGGUUGUGAAAAUUAAGAAAUUGAAUCGUGUGAUGGAGCGACAAUUCAUUCUUCAACCACAUCAACAAAAGACCCUCUCCUUGGAAUUUAUUGUUUCGUACACGGGAUAA